AUGUCCACUCUCAACGACGAAGAGUUCGGCGAGUUCAAAAGGGCAUACGAGGUCCGUGUGCUGCCGGCCAUCAUCCAAGCCCUCGACCAAGCGAAUAUUGUCGGCGGACAGGUACUUGUCCAAAGGAGGAAGACUAUUACUAUUGUUACACGAGAGGAGGCACCGCCUAGUCUCAAGAGCCAGAUCGAACAGGUAGUGGCUGCACAGCUCCGCGAGGACAUCCGCGCAAAGAUAUCUCUAGAAUUUGCGACGGGGCAUCUGACAACAGAAGAUCAUAUCUGCGGCUAUGCCUUCCGCUUCUGA